AAAUAGCCAACUGUUGGUAAGCGAACGUGAAAAGUUGUUGAUUGCGAUACAGCAAUUUAUAGUGCCAACGCGAAGAUAAUCACGUUGGACAACGUUUGAUAGGAAAUUAUAUAAAUGUUAUAACAUGCAAUGUUCUAGGUUGGAAAUAUUUUACAGUAAGAAGAGAUAACGGUUUAUACGGAUUAGCUUGCAUCAACUUGAAAAAUUAUUGAGGACUAAACCCAAGUGAAACAAGAAUAACUGAAACGAUGAAAGCUGUCAACCAACUCUCAGAUGAUAAACAAAAUGUUUCGCCACCCGAUGACAUGCUUCCCGAGGCGAAAAAGCGUUCGGGAACUAUAGAAGGAAUGGACGGAUUUUCGUUCGAAAUCACAAUACUCACACUCGUGCUGCAUCGAGCGAAAGAGAAAAAGCUAAGCUCAUUCCGCAUGGCCGCCAACAUGGAGGGAAUCGGGGCCUGUGACGAUGUGGUGUUUUUAGAUUACUCUGAACCACGCUGGGGUCUGUUUCUGCAAGCCAAACACACGAAGAAAUCAAUCACGCACGAGACGCUGAUGCAAAGGACUGGCGAUUUUAGUCUCAGUAAAUAUCUGGAUAGUUUUCAGAAAGUUAAGAGUAAGUUCAAAGGCAUAAACGUGACUUGCAUUUUGUAUAGCACCGGUGGUUUUGACAGAAAAUUGAGCAUGAUAGAAAACGAUAUGAAUCGAUCAUCAAUUUUCAGGGAUCGAGCAUACAAUUUAGAUGAUUUAAUUUCAACCGGAACUAGGGGUACAAAGUUUCAGUUGAGUAAAGAAUCUUACGAGGAUAGUUUGAUGGAAGUCGCUGCUGAACCGCGUAUUCAAAAUCUGGCGAAUAAAGUUAUUGAGCUGGCUUUUAACGAAAAUGGUUUGCUAGAUAACAGUGUUGACGAAUACCAGUUUCUAUUAGCCAAAGAGGUGAUAGAUAUUAAAACGAAAGAAAUCAAACCCGAUUUUUUUGAAAAAACUGAACCAUUGUGGUUACUAUUCAGGGAAACUAUGGAGAAAAAAAUACUGUUAGAAUCACGAUCAAUUUUAGAACCUAGUAAAAAAAUUGAACUGCUUGAAGACAUAAUCGAAACACAGUCAGUAGAAUCUAUAAGUAAAGUAAUCAAAUUAGAGAUCAGAUAUAAACCGGACAGGGAAAGACUGGAAUUAAUCACAAAGAGCCAAAAGUGGCCCCAGCAGUUCCGAAAAAAAGUGUCAGAAAUUGAGAAACGAUUUGAAACCUUACCAUUUAAAAAGGCAACAAUUGAUCACGCAUUUGAGCUAGCGGGCAUUAUUCGCUUAAAAUCGCUUAAGUUUGAACAUCUUCCCAAAAAUUUUGGCGAAAUUGAUAGUGUUUCGUGGGAGGACAAUGAACAAUUGGUAGAAUUGGUAGCACAGUUCAAGAAAGUGAUUGACAGCACCGAAGUGAGACUCUCUCAACUGCUAGUUGGUGUUAAAAUGAAUAGAAUCUUUGGGUUGGUAGACAGUUUGCUAAUUAUGGACAGAGAAAGUAAAUCUUUUAAAUUUAAUCUUAAUUCAGAGAAGUGGGAACCGUUUUUUAAAGUUUUCGACCAAGAUUCAAAGAGAAUAGAAAACGUUCGAUUCGUGAAUGAUGUUAUAGGUUUUACCUUGACUAACAACAUCGAUCGGGAACUGGUAAACGAAUUUCUCGAAUACCUGUGGAUUUACGUUGAACAGCCUAAAGUAGAUGAGUUAAAGAAAGAAUUGAGCAUCGAGAUAUCUAAAAACUGUUGUGGAUUUGCUGAUUUACACUUGAAUUCUGAAGAUGACUCAAUUUUGCGGUACGUUCACAAGCAGGUUCAACAAUGGUGGAAAAAUCCUAAUGGAGGAUGGUUAACCAAUGAUCACCAAUUUUUCGAAGAGGCAAUUCUGACUAUUUUGAAUGGUCUCUUCAACGAGCGAAAUCAAAGUUAUAAAGCACUGAAGUUUGGAAGCGAGGCCAUGAAUGAUUUGAAACCAGAUUGUUUUGCGAAAGGUGUUUUCAACAUUGUAACUAAACAUUCUUUAAUUGUAAGCUCGAAAUUAUCACAACUUUACGAGGAGCAAACAAAUUGCUAUUUCAUCGAUUGGGAUAUAGUAAAAUCCCGCGGUUGCAUCAAUAAUUUGAAAAAGGUGAUUGAAAGUUACGUUCACAAUUCGAAAGAUAAAUCUUCAAAAAUAAUAAUAGUCAUUGAUAGUAAUGCAGAUUUUACAUUGGAUUGCUCGUCACUUACAAAGUGUAUUCUAAUAAGCAGAAAUAAAAUUUUACAAAAUACAAUUACUGAUAAUUUAAACGGUUUGGUAGACUUAACACUAGAAUCGCAAGACCGAAUUUUAACGAACGGAACGAUAAACUUUCAGAAUGAGAAAGUUUCUCUCAAACAGCUCAUAACGACUGAAGAACUUAAAAGGGCAAUCGAUACAACAACACUUUCAAUGCUGCUUGCUACGAACGUAAUAAGUAUUGGUAAAACGCCAGCAACCUUUAUUGCCGAAGGCGUUGCGAAAUUUUUUAUUCCACGCAUUUUCCAGCGCCAAGCGUCAGAUAGAACUUUGACAGAGGUUAAUAAUCUUGUUCCAGACUUCAAGCAGGAAAAUAAUAAACUGUCGCCGGUGGAACUGCUAAUAGCAGAACCUGGAAUGGGGAAGUCUACGAUUUUCUCAUUCAUGGCAAAAGCAAUGAAACACAAAAAUCCAACAUUCUGGGUGUCAAAUCUGUGCCUUCAUGAUCAUUCGGGAGUUUUCUUAAAAUGGUUGAAAACAAAAAAUAAUAACGAUCAGGAAGUCAUGCAACGUUUUUUGUUUGACGCAUUAAGAAGUGUUCCAACCAGUAAAACCAGCCGAGUAGAAAGCAUAUUAGUUGGACCAGCUUUGCUAGAAAAAGAGAUAUUCUAUCAUUUAUACCGAGAAAAAACGAAUUAUUAUAUACCUUGA